AUAAAAUUAACUUUCGACCAUCUCUAAUUGUCAUCUUCCUUUUCUCAUUUUCGAACGCCAACGUGACAUUAAAAUUAAACUAUAUUUAUCAAUAACGAUGCGUAAACGUGACAUUAUUCGCCUUUGGAAUCAGGUUGUGGACCAAACGGGCAUCGACAAAUACACGGACAGACAGUGGCAGGAAAUUUACGAAGAAUUCCUGAAUUCCAUGUACGAUAACAAUGAACCCUAUAUAAGUGUUCAAAGUGUGGAAAAGUUAGUGGAUGAGCUUGAGGAGAAUAUGGAAAUUUCAAAAAGUUUGAAUACAAGCUCCGAUAUAGAUGAUGAACCGCUGUCGGCAUUAAAAAAAUCGUCUGAAAGAUAAAAUCAAAGUGGAACCAAUAAUUCCGUUAAGAAGAUCCACGCGACGAUGUGUGGUUGACAAUAAUAAUUUUAAUCAGCAGUUGGCGGAUAUUAAAUUUAAAUCGAAGCAGCGGCAGAUGCAUUUGAAAACAGAGAUGGCAAAGCACAAGGAUAAUGGCGAUCUUUUAAUGUUAGGCACGAGCCCCAAACAGGAAAAGGCUCAAACAAAAAAAAUCAACAAACAAUAACGCAACUAAAAAUAAGCGAAUAAACUCUGUAAACUUGACAGAACAAAACGAAGCAACUGCAAAACGAAUGCGCACACAAACUAAGCUCACAAUUGAAAAAGGGGACCAUAAGAUUGAUAAAAAUGAGAAACAACAAGUGCCUGGCAAAUCUAAUUUAGACAAAUUAAAGUCUAAGCCGCCUCGAAUUAGGCGAGCGAAAUCAGUUGAGUGCAUAGCAAAUCAGUUUUUUUUGUUACCACAGAUAAUGGCACCGACUGCUCACAUGCCACCCUCAGCCAACAAUACUUCAAGCACAGAAGAAGCUGUAACUCUAGAAGUUGUUGAAGCGGAAGAUCUCAGUAGUCUAAUGAUAGUGACAGAGAAAGACAGCGAAAAAAAAGAACCUGUUAAUGUUGACAAAAAUGCUGACCAAGAAAAUGUUGAUUUCAAUCAAUUGGAGGCAGCUACAAACAGCUUAGCAACGAACUUUAAUUUAUUAGAACAGAAUACAAUGUUAGACGAUGAGCUUAACUUAACACAGGAAUCCAUAGAAAUAUUGCAGAAUAAUAUCCACUCAAUGGAAAUAAGUCGAACGAUGCUACAAAAUGAUCUAUAUUUGUCCUCGGAGACAGGAUCAGAAAAUGCAUCGAUAGAACAUGAUCCCAACUUGACAAACUUAGCAGAUAAUAUUGCUUUGGUCGAGCAAGACAAUCUUAAAACGACAAUACAACAGAAUAAGAAUAAUGACAAAACUCCCUUAGAGCAGGACGCGUUAUUGCAAGAUGAGCUUAAUUUCGAAAUCGACUCGGACGAUGUCCUUUUAUUGAGCUCUUCCUGGGAUGGCGGCAUGGACGACAAUGAUGAGCGAAAUUCAAUUGUGAAUGAAAUGGAUAGGAAUGAAUCAGAUAUUGCUGCUUCAAUUGUUGACUCUAUGAGUCCAUUGACAGCACUUACUACGGCUGCUGUCAGUCCAGAAGCUACAGCUCAUCCUGCAACUAAUGCUGUAGAAACCAACAUAUCACUUAAUGACUUGCGCAGCUUUCGUAUUCCCAAGAAAACGAAUAAUCCAAAGUUGCAGCUUGAGACGCUGCAGGAACCACAUAAUCAGGCGUUGGUGAAUGGAGAGCAGCAACAACGAGAGUCCGAGGAAGCGAGGCAACAGCCUGCUAACAACAUCGAGCACAAGCAGCAACAUCGAGUCGUUAAUGGCAGACAGCAACAAAAAGAGUCUUUAGUAAAUGACAAUCGCCAGCUGCCCAGAUGCAAUGCUCAGAAAGAACCGUUCUUCAAUGGCAAUCCACACCAGCCCACGAUAGCUAAUUUGCAGCGGCAAAAGCCUCUGAAGCCAGAAACACAGAUAUGCAGGCCGAUACGAGCAGCAGUUCCGGAUGCAGUUCCCAUCUUUGUACCACCUUAUCAAAGGUCUGAGCAGCCAGCAGCGUCAAGCAGCGUGUCCAGCACUUUUACCAUCUACAGGGGCAUGGGACGCAACAGCGCCGCGUUUGACAUCAAAUGCUGGAAAUAUUUGGAUGGUUCCUGCGCCAAUCCCAACUGCAAUCAUCAACUCAGCGAGAUUGGUGAUGUCAGGCGUCGUCUGAACUCCAUGACCAAUAAACAACUUAUUGACUGCUAUAACUUCAUAUUGCGCCAUAGGCUUCUAUUUCAAAAGUAUUUCGCUUUGUUUGCCACAAUCUUUGGCAGUCGUCAGUUGCGCAACUAUAUGCUCAGGAUGAUUAACGAUUGUUGUUUGUAUAUGGAGUUGUGUGCACCAUUUAUAGUCGAUAUCUACGAAACGCUGUUACGCUUUCAUAUGUCAUCACAGGUGACUGUCGCUCACCUAAUGAAAUAUCUGUGGCAACCAAAUGAAUUGCUGCAAUAUCCGCUGUUAAUCAACGAGUUGCUCAAAAUAUUGGCCAUUGAAUAUUGGCACAAUUAUAUGCCGCAAUUGGAGGAACUCUUUAAUACCCGUGCAUUUCCUAUUCCUCUGGAGUUCGGCAGUCGAAUUGCCGAGCUUGCUGUGACCCAGAAAAAUGAAAUGCUCAAGAAUAAUGUAUGUCAGCUGGUUCUUUUUACUCCUAUAGAGGGCUCGUACUCGACUGUGACAACGGUUGCUCAAAUCUUAUACAACGAUUGCGCAGAUCAGCCAAAUGCGCAACUGCAAUUGCUGCUGCUUGCAAUCCUGCGGUUUCAGUCAUCUCAUCAAUAGCAGCAACAAAUUCAUUCGCAACAGCAUCAAUAUCCCCAACAACAACAACAGCAACAUUAUUCGCCGUAUUCCAUUGAGCAUCAACGUUUUCGUGAUAAUCAACAGCAACAUCAAUAUUUUCGAGAUCGGCAACAGCGACCGCAACAUUCUCGUGAUCAGCAGCAGCAACACUUUAAGCGUCACCAAGAGCUUCGGCCACGCACCAAGAGCUGGGUGGACAAACCCUAACCCAGCAGUUACGAUCUUUCGUUUUAAAGCUAUCUGUUUUCAUCAAUUUAAUCACACACAAAUAAAACGAUAUAU